UUUGAUAUUGAAAUAGAAAAAAAAUAUUUUAAAAUUUAUUCUUUAAAAUAAUUAUAUGUAUUUUAAAUCAUGAUGUUAAGAGUUAAAUUGAUAUUUUAAAUUUAAAUUAUUAUUGAAUAUUAGAAAUACGACAACAUAUAGUAGUACAUUUUAUCCAGUAAGCUCUUUAAUAUUUUCACUAACAACUUUUUGUACCGUAGUUGGGAUCCUCUUCUUCCUCAUUUUUCAUUGUCCAUAUCUUGUCAUUUUCUUUCUUCUACUUUGUCUCUCCUCAUUCAGCUGCUGCAUAAAAACUUUGACAACCUUGGUGUUUUUUUUUUUCGAACUAUUUCCACUACAUUAGCUUUUUCACUACAUUUUUAGUGAAAAGAAGUCCCAAUUGGCCUAGGCCUACUUAUUUUCUUGUUAAAGGAAUUGGGCAUUUCUUGAUUUCUUUUUAUUUUUCAGAAACUUAAAUGUAAAAAAGUUUCUCUUUUUUACCUAGUAGGUGAGGCUUUUCAAGAUUCUUGGUGGGUUUGUACAGUUCUAGCUGUUGGCUUUUUGUUGGUUGGUUCUGCUCUUUUUCAAAGAUUUGGGGGGAAAUCGUCAUUUUUCUCAUUCUUGGUUGGGUUGUAUAGUUGUGGUGUUGGGUUUUGGUGGGUUGGUGCGAACAUUUACAAUAUGUUUUCUUGUAAGAUGUCUGAGAAAGCUGGAAAUGUUGGGUGGGUUAUGAGGUCUAACAACCCCAAAGUUCAAUGGUGGUUUAAGAUACUGACAAUGGGUGUUUUUCUUGGAAUCUUGAUUGUGUGGGGGAUUGAUGGUGUCACUGUGGGUAGUUUCCAGAGAGAUUUUGUUUUGUUGAAGGCGAAUAGUAGUUCAGGAGAGUUUAGACCUAGCUUUAAAGAUUUCAGCUUUACCAAUAUUUCUCUUAGACCUCAUUCUGUAAUUGCUCUCCAGAAUUUGAACCAAGAUUUUCCACGAAAAAAUCUGGCUCCUAAAGUUGAACCUCAACCGAUAAAUUUGACCGAAAGUCAAGGUGAUGCCACUGAUUUUAGCCUUGAAAUGGUGUCAGAUUUGACCCCAAGAGUUGUUAGGUGGAUUUCAGCUGAAUUAGAGGCAAACUUUUCAGCAAAUCUACUUACUAAGUGGUUGGCUCCUGGUGGAGAGCCAUGUAGGGAAUCAAGAACUGUGGAUGUAAAAAUCCCUGCUUUGGAUGGUCGUGAGAACAUUGAGUUGUCAACUGGGGAUAUUCAUGAGUUUGUUUUUCAUGCAUUGGAUGCUUCUGGGAAGCCUCAUUGUUUGGGUGGUGAUUAUUUCGAAACUGAUAUUGCUGGUGAAACAUGGAAGUCUAGGCCGCCAAUUAAAGAUUUAGGCAAUGGUACUUACCAGUUUUCCCUGCAAGUUCAUCCUGAUUUUUCUGGGGAUUAUAACCUCACGAUUAUCUUACUCUUUCGACAUCAUGAAGGCUUGAAGUUUUCGCCUGAAAGAUUUGCAUUUGACAAGGUUUUGCGCGUGAUCCCAGUCAAAUUCUCCAAGUCCUCCAUUGAUUUACCUGAAAUAUCUCAGUGCAAGAAGUCAGAUCUUAUUAGAGAUGUUUGGUCUGGUCGAUGGACUCGUCAUGCCAAGAAUGAUAGCUGUUCAAUUAGCAAUGAUGGGCGAUACAGAUGCCAAGAACCAAAUUUUCCAUGCCAAAAACCAUGGUGUGAUGGUCCACUAGGGUCCUUGGAAAGCAAUGGUUGGGUGUAUUCAACACAUUGUUCAUUCAAGAUGUUCUCAAGUGAAGAAGCAUGGAAUUGUUUGAAGGAUCGCUGGAUUUUCUGGUGGGGCGAUUCGAAUCACUGUGACACAGUGAGAAACAUCCUCAAUUUCAUUUUAGAUGUGAAUGAUAUAAAGGACGUUCCAAGGAGAGUUGAUUUGAACAUCAGCAACCCAAGGAAUCCAUCACAAACAAUUCGAUUUACGAACAUUUUCAAUGGGCAUCAUAACCAGACAGGCAAUUAUCAAGGCUUGAAUUCAUUGAAAGAUGCUGACUAUAGAGAACUUUUGAAAGGGUACUUCUCUGGACAUGUUGUUCCAGACACUAUUAUCAUGAAUUCGGGGUUACAUGAUGGAGUGUAUUGGCCUAAUAUUAGGCAUUUCAUUGAAGGCGCCGACUAUGCUGCUUCAUUCUGGGCUGAGGUACUUAAUGGGGUAAAGCAGAGAGGAGUGAGACCGCCUGAAGUCAUAUAUAGGACCACAAUAACCACCGGCGGAUAUGCUAGACGAUUAGCAUUCAAUCCAAAUAAAAUGGAGGCUUUCAAUGGGGUAGUCUUGGAUAAGUUUAGGGCAUAUGGUUUAGUUGAUCGCAUCAUUGAUGAUUUUGACAUGACUUAUCCAUGGCACUACGACAACCGAUGCAACGACGGGGUGCAUUAUGGCCGUGCUCCGGCCAAGCUGAAGUGGAGGGAUGGCCAGAUUGGGCACCAAUACUUUGUAGACAUUAUGCUUGGUCACGUGCUGGUCAAUGCGUUAUGUGCAAGAUAGAAGGUGGCAAGUUACCUUCUGAGUCCUGAGAUGCAGCCAACUUCAAGCAAUGGAUGGUGCAUUUCAAGCUUGGCUGCUAGAAUUUUGCAAGAGGAGGAAGUUUGGUGAUAUUCUUGAUCUUACCUUUCUUUAUUUUACUGUCAUUAUGUUUUGUAUAAUGUCUUCCACGUUUUUAGGCCAAUACUAAAGGUUGUAUAGGGAAUACUAAAGAAUUUAUUAUUCAUUUUUGGAGCUUCUUGUAGUCCCAUUUGCUUGGACUACUGUAGAUGUAAUGAAUAUUACUAUUACCAUUUAUUUACUUCUUUCUUCUCUUCCAAAGGAAAACAAAA